GUCGCCUCUUCCUCAAGAUGGCGGCGCCCAGGCGCGGCGUGGCUGGGGGUAAGAUGAAGCGGUCAGCGGCGGCCCGCCCUCGCCGCGGUGGGAAGCUAGACAGGCUGCGGCAGGCGGUGCAGGACUUUGUGCAGAAAGCCGGCGACCAACCGCCUCUGCCCCUGGUGAAGGACUCUGAGAGGCAGAACCGUAGAAGCCGCCGGGAAGCAAGGAAGGAGAAGCGCAAGCUCAAGCGGAGCCGCCGCCGCCGCCUCCAACGCGGGGAACCAGUGGAGGUUCCCGUCGCCCCGGCCAAGCCGGCUCCUUCCAAGCCGGUUCCUUUAAAGCCAGCUCCUUCCAAACCGGUUCCUGCUGCCCGUCCCAGAGCACCGGCCUCACCCGCCGCCGCUGUCGGAAAGCAGCGGCCGGGGCCGGCGCGGCAGCAAGAGGCGGCGCGGCCGGCGGUGCCAGCACCGACACCCCGCGAGGUCCCGGCCGCCGCAACCGCCUCGGCGCGGAAGCGGGCCCUGUUGGAGGCCAACGAGGAAGAGGACAAGGAGAUUCGGCGCCUGGAGCGGCUGCUAGGGCUUGGCAAGCGCCGCAAGAAGCAGGAGGGGGCCGCGGCGGAGAAGGUGCCUCAGAGCUUGCUGAGGGACGGGCUGGGCUACGUGCUGGGCGCCCUGGGCUCCCGGGCCGGCCUGAGCAAGCUGUGCGAGAGCAGCGACGACGAGGAGGCACCGCCGGGGCCGCGGGAGAGACAGCCGGGGCCGGGCGAGGAGGACGAAGAGCAACCGGAGGGGGAUCCGGGGGAUGCCUCGGACCUCUCCGAGGGGGAGGAUGUGGAAGGACAGGACGAGCGCGAAAGCUCAUCGUCAUCCACUGAGAAUGACGGGGUGCCAGAGGCCAGCGAGCCCCCAGGCGAGGAGGAGAGUCAUAAUCACAGUGCUAUGAAGUAUGUUCCCCCUCAAGUAAGGAGAGCUCAGGAGACGCUAGAUGACAAGAAAAGAGAAGAAUUGGGAAGACUGAAGAAAAUGGUGAAUGGUCUUAUUAAUAGGUUGAGUGAACCGAAUUUAUCCUCCAUUAGUGGACAAAUGGAAGAGCUCUACAUGGCCAACAGCAGAAAGGACAUGAAUGAGACUCUGACAGAUAUUCUCCUGAAUGCUUGUGUUACUGCAGUUGCCAUGCCUGCAAGAUUGAUAAUGGAGCACGUCCUUUUAGUCAGCGUUCUUCAUCAUAAUGUAGGAAUUGAGGUCGGUGCUCACUUUUUGGAAGCUGUGGUGAAGAAAUUUAAUGAACUCUCUAAAAGUGAUGCUGAGGGGAAAGAAUGUGAAAACCUGCUUGCCUUGAUUGCUCAUCUGUAUAAUUUCCAUGUGGUUCAUUGCCUGCUGAUCUUUGAUAUUCUGAAAAAGCUUGUUAACGCUUUCACUGAAAAAGAGAUUGAGUUGAUUUUGUUUCUUCUGAAAAACGUGGGCUUUUCCUUAAGAAAAGAUGAUGCAUUAGCUUUGAAGGAACUGAUCACUGAAGCCCAGAGGAAAGCAAACACAGCAGAGAAGAAACUCCAGGAUCAGACUAGGGUGCGGUUUAUGCUAGAGACUAUGCUGGCCCUAAGGAAUAAUGACAUGCGUAAAAUUCCUGGUUAUGAUCCUGAACCAGUUGAAAAACUCCGCAAAUUGCAAAGAACACUGGUCCACAAAAGUGGUUCUGGAAAAGAAACGGAGCUCCGUGUCUCCCUGGAAUCUCUCCUCAGUGCUGAUCGGGUUGGUCGCUGGUGGAUAGUUGGGUCAUCCUGGAGUGGAGCACCAAUGAUUGAUGAUACAAAUAGCAAGACUCAGCAGAAACUGCAUAUAGGAAAGGCGAGUUCAAAGAUAAUGGAGCUUGCUCGUAAGCAGAGAAUGAACACCGAUAUCAGGAGAAGUAUUUUUUGUGUCUUGAUGACAAGUGAAGACUACCUGGAUGCAUUUGAAAAGCUUCUCAAGCUUGGACUGAAAGAUCAGCAGGAGAGAGAAAUUGUUCAUGUUGCACUUCACUGCUGCUUACAGGAGAAGACAUACAACCCCUUCUAUGCAUUUUUGGCUAACAAGUUUUGUGAAUAUCAGAGACGGUUUCAGGUGACAUUUCAAUUUAGUAUUUGGGACAAAAUCAAAGACUUGGAAAACCUGUCAGCUGCUGCCAUCUCCAACUUGGUUUCGCUGUUGGUUCAUUUAUUAAGGACAAAAUCAUUGUCACUUUCAGUUCUCAAGGUAAUUGAAUUCAGCGAACUAGAUAAACCCAAAGUCCGUUUCUUGCGACAAGUAUUAAGCAUGCUGUUAAUCAAAACAGAUGCUGAAGACCUUUGUGAUAUUUUUGUGAGGAUAUCUGACAACCCCAAACUGGGAAUGCUACGGGAAGGCUUGAAACUCUUCCUUACCCACUUCUUACUGAAAAAUGUACAGGCCCAAAAAAGUGCUGAAGAAGCUAGCUUAUUAAAAGAAAGAGUUGAACUAGCAACCAAGGCUUUGCAAGCAAAAGAAUGCAAACUGAGGUUGUAGUUCUGUUUUUCUAAUAAAACUCGUAGAGAAACU